AUGCCGCCGCGAAUCCUGUACCUCCACGGCCUGGAGGGGGGCCGUGGGUCGGACAAGGAGAAGAUGCUGGAAAAGGUUUUCGGAAAACAGGAUGUCAAAGCUGUCAACCUCAAGACUCGCCAGACGAUCAUGCUUUUCACCGGGCUGUUCACUCUUGUGGCCAUAUUGUUUGUUUGUGCAUUCGUGGCAUGUUUCAUCGUACUGAAGUGGUACAUCGGCCUUCUGGUCACACUCCUGGGCAUCCUCUUGCUGGUUGGGGGUUACUGGGUUGCCGGCAGGGUCGUCACUCAGUAUAUGGUAAAACAGGCCAAACGACUGGCGGAGAAAAAGUUCAAAGAAUUCAAGCCGAAUGUGAUCGUUGCCGAGACAUUCGGAGCCGUUGUCGCGUUGAGCAUGAACGUCCCUAAAGUGGCGAUGCUGCUGCUAUCUCCAGCGCAGGACCAAUACACUAGGUUCAUGAAGAUGACCACGUACUGGGGCAUUGGUGCAUAUCCCUACGUCAUGGUUGUCCAUGGCUCCCACGACAAAACCAUUCCCCUUGAUGAUUCUGUUCGUCUUAUUGAGACCAGCGAAGUCGGCCGCUGCAGGCUAGAAGUUGUCGACGACAAUCAUGCGCUUAAGGGUGUCACAGAGGAAGAUCUCCAGAACUGGGUGAAGGAAGUCUACACAAUCGGGAAGCAGCAAGCCAGGAAGAUGGCGGCAGCAGGUGACAAGCAUGUGGAUGCUUCGCUCUUUGGUGACGAGGAAGAUGAUGUCAAAACGUCUGUGGGAACAGCCGAAGCAGUUUAA